AUGGCUAUAAUUGUCGAUCCAUUUGAUCAAGAUUUUGACACGGCCGUUGAGAGAGGGCUUGAAGAAUGGAAAGUGCCUGGAAUAAGCAUUGCCGUUGUUCGCGAUGGCCACACAUUCUCAAAGGCCUAUGGUCUUGCCACAUUUCCAAACAAGCCAAUGACUACAGACAAUCUGUUCUCGGCGGCGAGCACCACAAAGGCCUUUACAGCAGCGGCUACUUCGAUGAUCAUUGAAGACUCUAAGGAUAGUCCAUCUCCAAUCAAUUGGGACACUCCGCUGGCAUCUAUCAUUCCCGAGGACUUUGUUCUUUCAGACGAGUAUGCAACCGCGCAUACUACCCUAGAGGAUGCUCUCUCUCAUCGCUCCGGUCUUCCAGGUCACGGCUGGGGUCUUCUUUGUGGGGACCGAGAUGGGAGUGUUCGGGAAAAUGUCCGGACCCUACGCUACCUUCCCUUAUCUGAGCCUCCACGGACCAAACUUCAGUACUCAAAUCAGAUGUUCAUCGCUGUUGGUCAUGCGAUGCAGAAAGUAUCCGGGCAGCCACUGGGGUCAUUCUUGAAAAAGCGCAUCUGGGGUCCUCUCGGCAUGGAGCAGACCUUCUUCUCCAAAGAAGAAGCCAGAGAGAUUCCCAAGAUUGCAGCUAAAAUGGCCACAGGCUACGGCUGGGUUGCCGAAAAGACCGGUGGUCACUGGGUCGAUGAGUCGAAGGCCAACUGGCGGGCCAACACGGCUGGAGGGAGUAUAGUCAGUAGUGUUCUGGACUACUCGCGCUGGGUGCGAGAAUUGAUCGACCGCGGCGGGCCUUUGAAAGGUCAUGAUUCCUUGUUCAAGCCGCGAACUCUCUGCUUCGAUCAAGACCCUACGGAUCUUCCAACGCCAUAUCACGCGUACGCGCUGGGCUGGUUUGUGUGGAUGUAUCGCGGUCAACACCUCUACUCGCACACUGGCGGUUGGCCUGGCUUUUCAACUUUUGUGGGCAUCAUUCCCGACAAAAGGUUCGGCAUCGUUCUAAUGGCAAACUCGACAUCGGCGAGGUUCCUCCUGUCGCAGUUGUCUGUCCAUCUGAUGGACAAGCUUCUGGGGCCCGCCAGCGACCCACUGCACGAGCGCAACAUGGCAGAAUUCUUUGCUCGUCAAGAAAAGGAAAAAACCAAACUCGUCGAGUACCAAAACGAAGAUAUAGAGGUGAUCAAGAAGAGGUUGUUUCCGUCGAUAGCGUGUCCCCGUGUGCCUCACGCGCUACCGCUCGAGAGAUACACAGGGGUCUACAAGCAUCCUACGGGCUCUUGGAUGAAAGUGGUCCUAGCUGAAUAUGGUCAUCUCAGCAUACAAAACUCGCACGCUCCUAUUGCGCUCAAUUUGGAUCUAAUACACGCCAGCGGUGAAUUCUUCGUAGCGAAAACUCCAUCCAGCAAUUCCUUGCCUUUAGACCCCCUGCCUGCAGAAUUCUAUGUGAAUACUUCAGGCAAAGCGCAAAGAGUCGGUCUGGCCUUUGAGCCAGCACUGGGGAAGGAGAAGAUCUGGUUCGAACGCGUUGAUUCAUGA